UCUCCCCCCAUGUUCUACAGUGGCUAGAUCUACAUCUAAAGGAGAAUGUUCCUCCUUCUCUGCUUCUGCUUUCUCGCGCCUUGUACUUGAUAGACAUGAAGCCGAAACCUAUUCAGUUGUUGCAGAAUGAGGUUCGGGUUAGUGACGCUGCAGAAACACCAGUUCUUGAACCUAAAGAAACCUUAGUGGAUUCUGCACCCAUUGUGCAAGGAAGAAAGGGAGAAGAAUUUAUAUCACAGCCAUCGGAGAAGUUACCAGUCGCUGGAGUAUCUGUCAAGCCUCCUCCAGGAGAGACCAAAAUGCAGGCAUCUCAGAGCAGCAAGGCCAGUGCCAAUGGAGUCUAGCCCUGCGCCAGCAAGGACCAUGGAUCAAGGGCACCGACAGAGGAAGACUCCAUUCCUCUGUACCUCGUCUCACCCAACGACUGGGUGAGCAGUCUGUUGGCAGGCUCCCUCCCACACCAAGGCUUUCAGCUGUCCCCAGGGGGCCUCAUCAAUCAAUUCCAGAUUGUUUUAUUAGCAGCGAGGCCAUAUAAAGGACACAUCCCAUUUAAAAUACCCUCUAUAAAUUAAGUUAUAUUGUAAAUAUGUAAAUACGUCUAUUAAAAUGCUCUAAGCUGUAACUUAUCCCAUGGCUAUGUGUCCUACAGUUAGGAUUUGUGCUCUUUAGUAAGGCAGCAUUUUAUUUUUAUGGCGGGCUGGAGAGCAGACAUGGGGUGGGUUUGGUUCUUCAGUAAAAAUAUCCCUCAUCCACACUGUGGAACCCUGUGCAGGAGCUUUGCCAUGCAGGCAGGGCUUGGCUUGACUGCUGAAGCAAUUUGUAUAGACCACAAGCCCUUGAUUAUCAUGGUAAUCUCCAUUUGUUAGCUAAUCUCUUGUGAUCAGAAUGACUCAUCUUGCAGUUACAAUUAAACUAAUAUCAGUUGCUGUUAGGUUUUCACUGAGGAGAAUAAACAGUGUGCUGGAAGAGACAAGAGGAAAGGCCUGCAGUAUCUUCAGUGCGGAGAUUGAAAGAAUAACAGUUGAGAGAGGUUUUGCUGCUCUGUUUUCCUUGUUUAAAGAGGGCAUCCUCCAUUGCAUGCUGUACCUACUUUCUGCCCACAGUUGGCAGCAGCAUGGAGUCUGCCAGGGUCCCAAACACCAUUCUCGCACCAAUUUGCAAACAUGCCUUUUACAUGGCAACAUCUUGCUAGGGAAUGUGCAGAAUGGCAAUGACCUGAGCUUUCAAAUUAAACUGUUUAGUUGUUUUAAAAUUAAGUCUGAGAUCAGACUUGUCUUUUAAAAUCUAAUCAUCUGAUUCUUAAAACUACCCAAUAACGAGUACUGGUGGAAUACUUUUUUAAAACAAUUCUUUGUAUAUUUCAGUGUUAACUAUCUUCCUGGUAGAUUAUAUAGGAAGAGAUCGAAAAGUGUGGGGUUUUUUAAUGAUUUAACUUUGGCCUCCUGUACCUGUAAAUGUUUGAAAUUUGCUUAUUUUAUGGGUAUAUUGAACCUGGAUAUUUCUGAUUACUGUAAAAUUAAAAGGACGUGGAUGCUGAGUGGAAUGUGACUCCUUGUGUGAGUCAGCCUGAGUCAUUAGAACCAUCACCUGGCUAAAGCAACAAUCAGCUCAGUUAGGCAUUAUCAGCAUGUUACAGUUCAUUACGCCAGGGUCUUUUUUGUAAAGCAGAACCAACUCGGGGGGGCAUAUUACAAUUUUACUGUAUUCUUGGUUAGUAAACCCCAUGUACCUGGGUGAUACAAAUCUCUGCUUUGCUAAUGCAAGUGUUGUAUGAAGAUGAACAGCUGUGGUGUCUUGCUAGUGGUAACAGAAGACCAGUGUAAUUCCAAUA